GAUGGGCAUCACUCCGCUGACCUUCGACGGCUACGCGGUGCGCAAUGUCAAGCUGUGGGGCCUCGUGUGCAGGGCCUGCUUCGCUUUCACCCGCGACACGCAGAGGAUAUUCUGCCCCAAGUGCGGCAACGACACCGUCCAGCGCGUGCCCAUCAUCGUCGGCGAGGACGGCGUGCCGACGGCCGUGAACAGCGGGCGCAAGAUGAAGCUCAAGGGCUCCAUCUACUCGGUGCCGAAGCCGCAGGGCGGGCGUGCGCGGGGCCCCGUCUUCGCGGAGGAUGAGCUCCGCAUGGGCGGCCGCGACCGCGAGCUGCGGCACGCCGAGAGGCAACAGGAGAGGGAACGCGCCGCAGCGGACCCGUUCAACCUGGACAACGGCCACAAGGUCUGGGGGCAGCGCGGUGGCACUGGGCCCAGAGGAGGUGGCGGCCGCGUGGUGGCUGGCUACGGCCGGCGGAAUCCCAACGCGAACAACUUCAAGCCCAAGGGGUCGAAGAAGCGCUGACCUGGGCCGCGAAGAGGCAGCCGGCCGAGGUGGACGGAGGCGAGGCCGCGCUGCCGAAGGGGCCCGCCCGGCGCUGCUCCGCACGGCCAGCCGCCCGAACGUGCGCGCGCGGCGCGCGCGCACGGUGCGCGGCGCGCCGCGCCCGCAGACAGCUCG